AUUUUUCUGCUGCUGGAGAAGUAGAUAUGCGUUGCCAUGAUUCAGAUUUCAGCACAAUAGUCAGGAUAGGUUUUGCGCUAGCACUGGAUGUCCUUGGGAACUUUCCUGUCUUCUGUGGGCUUUUGAAGAUAAUUGCAGAAUCCAGACAGGUCUGAAACACUAGGAACAUGAGUGUUCUUCUCAUUGAAGCUUUUUAUGGUGGUUCUCAUAAGCAGCUGGUAGAUCUUCUUAAGGAGGAGAUGGAAGAAUGUGUCCUCUGCACCCUGCCUGCCAAGAAGUGGCCAUGGAAAGCACGAACUGCCGCCAUCUCUUUCAUGCAAACGGUACCACCUAACGCUAAUUACAGGGUCCUCUUUGCAAGCUCCGUGCUUAACCUGGCUGAACUCGUGGCCCUGCGGCCUGACCUUGGCAAAUUGAGAAAGGUCCUCUACUUCCAUGAGAACCAAUUGGCCUAUCCCGUCCAGAAGUGCCAGGAAAGAGAUUUUCAAUACGGAUACAACCAGAUUCUCUCUUGUUUGGUUGCUGAUGUUGUUGUGUUCAACUCUGCUUUUAAUAUGGAAUCAUUUCUUACGUCUAUUGGAAAAUUUAUGAAGCUGAUUCCUGACCACAGACCUAAGGAUCUGGAAAAAAUAAUCAGACCAAAGUGCCAAGUUCUUUACUUUCCAGUCAAGUUACCUGAUGUGAGCAGAGGCCACCUCUGGAGGAAGAAGGGAAGAGUCCUGCAGAUGGUAGUUAUGGAUCCCCUUUGCUGUUACGCAGAGAUCUGCAGUACAGAUAAUCCGCAGAUGAACGGGAGCACCUUUCAUCUCUUUAUACCCCCGUGCUGCUGGUUCAUGCCAGAACAUAAGCUUGCGCGUUUGGAAAAGGUAAUUGGUGUUAAAAGUACUGGAGAUGCUUAUCAGCGUGAGGGUCUGCCUACCCAGCAGCAGAGCAGAGUGCUAGGAGGUUUAAUGAAAACCAGCAACGUGCAUCUCGAGUCUGGACUUUGUGAAGCCCAGCCUGGACUUUGUACCGCACAACCAGAGAGGCCUCCUUCCCCAUUAACAACGCUGGAGAAAUCGAGCAAGCCUGGAGCAUCAGAAAGUACAAAUCCUUGUCAAGAAGGAGAUAAGCAACAUCUGACUUUUAACCUCUGUAAUAUCUUGAGUGGAGCGGACUAUCAGCAAAGACCUUUACAUCUUGUCUGGCCUCACAGGUGGGAACACGAUAAAGAUCCUGAAACUUUCUUUAAAGUACUGCUGCAACUUAAAGAGAAAGAACUGCCUUUUCAUGUCUCUGUGCUGGGAGAGUCUUUCAGCGAAGUUCCAGCUAUAUUUUCCGAGGCCAAAAAAGCGUUGGGAUCUUCUGUCUUGCACUGGGGCUACUUACCCAGCAGAGAUGACUAUUUCCAAGCUCUGUGCAUGGCUGACGUUGUCAUCUCGACAGCUAAGCAUGAAUUCUUUGGAGUGGCAAUGGUAGAAGCUGUGUAUUGCGGCUGUUAUCCGUUGUGUCCCAAAGCCUUGGUGUACCCAGAGAUAUUUCCAGCUGAAUAUCUGUAUUCUACACCUGAACAGCUUUUUAAAAGGCUUCAGAAUUUCUGCAAGAGACCAGAUAUUGUAAGGAAACAUCUCUAUAAGACAGAAAGAAAGAAAUUAGUUUUAAAAUGAAGAAAAUGCUUUACUGCAAGCAGCUUUGCACCUUGACUCUUCCUAUCUUAUGCUCACUUGCAAAGGGAAGGAGCUGGGUCACAAAGAGAAGCUGACCCGGUACAAAUUGACUCUAUAAAUCGCUCUGGUUUCUCGCAUUCCCAAUCUCAGUUUUUGUGCCAAUUUUAAUUGCACAAAUUAAUUUUGUUAAGGUAAUAUUAAAAAUGUUAAAACGUUCACCAAAUCGGUACUGUCUGUUCCAACGCCAACUGUCGUGAAGCAAUAGGUCUGAAUGAAUGAACAGUCCUUUAAUAAAGUCUAGUGGUUAACUCUGAAGUCUAAUGAUGACCAUGUAAAUAUUAAUUAUUUCGGUUCUGCUCUUAGGACGUGAAAAACAAGAAGGUUGAUUAUAGCAUAAAAGAUAUCGUAUUGCUACUGACGUCUUGAUCUAAUGCCUCUCCUUCAUGGGAAGAUCCUGCUUUAUGUGAGAUUGCUGAUUUGGUCUGGGCUUGUUUAGAAACUGUUGACUGACAGAUGCUCUAUACCUUGAGAAAGCGACCGCCCAAACCUUUGAAAAGUUAUCACCAAAAAUCUAAAUAUAUCUGUAUGCGUAAUGUUACGAAGUUGCUACUUUGCUAGAGUUAAAAACCCAGACGCUCAUCCACGCAUUUGCGCGCGAACCAAGUUGCCACGUGCAAACGUGAAGCGCGCAACAAAACCGGCGUGCAAACGUGCGCGCUCCGAGGUUGCUCUGAAACACAGGCAAAAGGGAGGCCGGCGGCGGCGAACCCGGCGCAUGAGCCGCUCCUACCGGUUCUUAGUCCUGCC